UUUGAAAGUGAAACCAAGCUUAUCAGUUUCUAUAAAAUAGAUAGCAUAAAUGAUAUUUAGGUAUUUAAUGUAGUGACAUCAGAUAUAUUUAUCAUUUUUACCCCUCUUAGUACAUUAAAUAGAAUGAUAUUAACAAGCAUUGUCCUUUUUUCAGUGACCAACUUUGUUGUAGUAUAACAUGAGUGUCGUCAAAGCAGGCAUCCUGUUCCUUUGCAUAUUGUUUGUGCAUUGUGAUCGUUUGAGGCAAUUAGAGCGCAAAAUGUUUACAAUGCAAACAAUGGUCUUUCAGGAUAUAGGUAUGCUUAGAGAAUCUGCCGAUAGAAACUUUGAGGAAUUGCAACGACUUAGUAUGAUUAUCAAUGCAUCUCUUUCCCAAAAAUCACUUCUACCUACUCCAGUACAAACAUCUGCUCCGGACAGUAAGGAGGAAGAGUCUGAGUCUAAAGUAACACAUUUAGAGUCACAAGUCAGAAGAAUCAAACGGGGCUUCAAAGACCAAAAACUGUUCUUUCAUUCUUGGAAAGAGAAUUUGAGUAAUGAGGUAAAAGAUCUUCAAACAAUAAUCGAAAAGCAUUCUAAUGAAAUAGCAGAUAAAGUUAAAAAUGAAACAAGCAAUGCUGUGAAUGCAAUGAUGUCGUUCACAAAGGAGGUCAUUGGGAGUAAAAUAAAGGGUAUUCAAGACAGUUUAGAAUUCGUUAUGAAAUUCCAAGACACACUUGAUUCAAUUUCACAAAAUGUAACUACUAUAAAAGACAGUGAAGUAAUAAACACACGCAAACUAAACGCUUUAUCGACAGUACAUAGAAAUUUCAGUGAAGAAUUCAUUUCUAGUAUUGAAGUCAUAAAGAAUGAACAAAAAAUCUCUACAUUUAGUAAAGACGUGUUAAACAUUUGUUCUGCGGCGGUACAAAACUCGGAACAUAUUAUAAAUGUGUUGUUUUCGUCUGUUAAUAAUCAAAUCAGGUUAGUUGAUGGACCGACGGCUUCUUCUGGUAGACUCGAAGUACUCGUGAAGGGCGCUUGGGGAACAGUAUGUGAUGAUAGUUUUGGUGUCGAUGACGCUAAUGUAGCCUGCAAGGCACUGGGCUUUAAACGUGGUAUUCACAGACAUGAAGCAUAUUAUGGGAGAGGUUCUGGUCCUAUAUUGUUUGAUGAAGUACAAUGUAAAGGUAACGAACGGAAUUUGCUUUAUUGUAAAAUUGAUUUCGACACGUCCGAUUGCAAUCAUGGGGAGGAUGCUGGUGUUGACUGUUACAACUGAAAUUGUGUUUAUUAUGAAUCAGAUUGCUUAUAACUAAGCCAUGCAUAUAAUGCACACAAAAAUGCAUUGGUUUUUAUUACAUUUGUCUACAUUUUUAUCUGCCUUUUAAUCAUUACUGUAAGGAUAUCUUCUCGAUAUUUUCUACUGUUUUUGUACGAACAGUACAGGAAAUUGAUUAAGUAUUUGAAAACCCGAAUAAAAUAUUAAUGAUGAAUAGUAUUUUCAUUAUUCAUAACAAUUUAUUAUUGAGUGAGUGUAUGUGCACGAUCCAAACUAUAUCAACUUAAUCGUUUGUGUAUCAUUGAAGAAUUUAAAACAAUGAAGUAACCUGGAAUGUAUUUAUUGAAAAGACUUGGUGUUAAUAAAGAUCAACGCCCCGAAAAUCAGUGCUUUGUAAAGGAACCAUGACCUACGACUUACAAUAAAGGCAUGAAUACUUUCAAAAAAGAGUGUUACAAGAAUAAAGAAAUAUUAACCAACGAUCUCUUAUAUUAUCAGAUGCCAAAUUAUUUCAAACAGCAUCCAUAAAUGAAUAAAAAAGAUAUUAUCAGGCCAAUUUAGCAAUGUACAACAAUUAUUAUGACGUUCAUGUAUGGCGUUGACCUUUCUAGCUGUCGACGUGACUAGUGUUAUUAAUGUGCCACACAAUUAUAAAGACCCGAAACGACUAGUCAAGUACUUGAAAUCUAAGUAUGGCAUAGACCUUUAUACAACAAGCUUGUUCCUACGCAUCACAUAUUCACAGGCAUCAUACAAUGUUUUGUAGAACUACAUAUUUUAACCAAAUUAUUUUAAAAUAUAUUAAGUUAUGCAAAAAUAUUUUAAAAUAUAUUAAUUUAUAUUAAGAUAGUGAAGAUAGUUAAGAUAUAAACUUGACUAACAAUGCACCAGCAAAUCGUGACUUUAGAUUAUAUAAAUUUGGCAUUGACAGUAAGGCUUCUGAACCGACACUUAUUUACUAUCACAUGCACUUUUUUUAAAAAUCUACCUAUAAAUGACAAAAUUGUUGCAAUGACAAAAACAUCAAUGCACUUCAUUGAAAAAUUUCCUGUCACAUAAAGUGUGACUUAUGUUUAUUGAAUGUUACUUGCAUUCAUUGCAGUAUAAAUAAUGCAACGAAUGUAAGUAACACUGAUUCUAGUUUAGUUUGAAGACUUUUGUUGGGUAACUUACGUCAGUAUAAUAAAUGUAUUCUUUCAGCUGAAAAAAAUGAUAUUUUGGUCCUAUAAUCUAAUGAUGAUACAUUUCGAAACAAUAAUCAAUUCAUUUAGUGUUCUACUACCAUUUUAGUUCAAUAGGUUAAGGUGUAAAGUCAAUGUAAUGAAUGCCUCGAAUUAUUUGAAUAAAUAUAUCAUGUACAUACAUUUACAUUUUUAUGUUGGUAUGUAGGUUACUAUAUUUUUGCUUCUAUUUUAUGCCUUUUUUAUUUCUAUUCAGAUUUACUUUUCAUCUAUGUGUCAAUAGCUUUUGAUGUACAGUUUUUUUCUGCUUUAAUCUAGAGCUAAUAUUUUUUAUGCUUUUUAUAUUUUUUAUGUGCAUGUAGAUUCAAUAUUAGAUCGUUGUCUAUUUUUCUGUGAAAAUUUUGUUAUUUACUUUACAAUUUUAUUCAUUUGUAAAAAGUUUCUAUAUUUUGUAUUUUUCUUGUCUAGUAAGUUUUGUACACUAUUGCAGUGUGCCCAUGCACGUGACUUUGAAUCCUUUCUAAAAAUGGCUAUCAGAAAAAGUCGCUCAAUUCAAAUCUUUAAAAUCACGUAAGAUAUUUAUUUCUUUAUCUGAUUUGACCAAAUAAAGAGGAAAGUUGUAUAAAUCAAGUGUAUGGUAAUGAUUUCUUUUUAAGGGAAACGUGGAAAAUUGGCCGGAAAAAUGAAAAACUAUAUAUAUAUUCUUAAUGUCUGUGCGGUUAGAAAAAGGAGAAAAAAAUUUCUUAUUCGUCUUCCAUUUUUCCCAUGUGUAAUAGGUAUUAUGUUAUUUUCUCUAUGAUCAUAAAGCUUCUUAAUUUAGCAUUUUCUUGGUAAAGUAAUGUCCUUUUAUGCAUUACUAUUUUCUCAUGUAUAUUUUUCAUAACAUAACGUGGACAAGUGGCACUUAUUUCGUAUCUUAUGAUAUCACCUCGAAAUCUACAAAUUUGACAAAACUGGAUAUUUUUUAUCGAAUGCAGCCAAACUUGAUCGGGCAAUGAUCUAAUAACAUUUAAUUCUUAAAUUUAUUCCUUUGUAUGCAUUAAAAUGAAAAGACCAAAAUAAAGCGAAUGCGUGUAAUGUUUCUUCUCAUUGCUGACAACCGAAUAUAGCUUAAACGAAAAGUAUGAGCAGAAUUAAUUGAAUUGUUUGUGUUUUUGUACAUUACAAUACUUGCAUGUAUCUACUUGAGAUUAAAUAUACAUUUAUAGUAUGUCGA